AUGGCGCUUCUCACUGACGUUACCGGCGAAACGUUUGGGAAUUUUUCCAGCCGAUGGUCAAAUGCUGGAAAUCACGAAUACUAUGGCAGAGGACACCGGACUUUGUACAUUCCACAAGGUCGAACCAACACAAAAUGUUGGAGUUUUUGCAAAUAUGAAGAUCAAGACAGUCUGGCCUCUGUUUUGGCCACAGUCUUCUUUCGCCACGCAGAAGUGAUUUGGACAUUUUUUUCGCAACCUGCUCAUGAGCGCAUCUUGUCUGAUGAUGAGGACUUAGAAACGGAAGGAAAGGCUGAGUCUCGGAAGAUAUCUCGACUCCAGUCAGCUGCGAAAGGGACCUCGAGUUUGAUGACUUUCUUCAACCCAACAGCCUCCUCUGACAAAAUGCUUUCUGCUGAUCGACCUGUAAACCCUUUUCGUAAGGCAGCUCAUCUAUUUUCGAUCUCCGAUCUCGUCUGA